AUGCCACCAAAGAAGACAAAUACUGCCAACGCAGCGCCGAGACUGGUGAGGCAGCCCAGGAAGAAGUCCACCGCAGUCGACCCUCCACAUCAACCAUCUCAGCCUGCCACCCUGCCUCAGCAAGAACAAGAGCAAGAUUUCGCCGAGAUGUCCAAAAAAGAAGGGAAGAAGCCUGUUCGAGACAAACCACCAACCCGUUCGACCGCUCGUCAAGCUCCGCCAGUUCCUGCCAAUCAACCAAAUCCACCAGCUCAGCCAGCUCAUUCAACUCGUGGCAGAGACCAGCAGGCUCCUCCCCCAAACCCAGCGGACAAGCUCCAACGCAUGCCACUCGUGAACAUCCGAGGCAAUCUCAAGCUCGAUGGCGUCUGGAAUUUGCGGUGCUACGAGUACAAGUACGUCACGGAGUGCCUGCAGUUGCAUCGUUUCCCGACGGACUCCACGCCUGCCACCAAGGCAAGUCGGCCAGAGCAUGAUGCACAGAACGAGUCCAAUCAGAUUAUCAAGAGAGGUGGAAUUCUGACCACGAAGUCUACGGGUGGAGAUUCAGGGGUAGGCAGCAGUGCUGGAGGCGCUCAGGAUGUGAGCAAUGCGCGGGACGCUCGUUCUGAACAUGACGAGGUAGAAGUGCUGGGCGGAUUUGAUGAUGGGCAGGAGAUCGUCUCGGCUGAGGAGGAUGUAGAGAGCCAGCCUGACGAACGAGUGGAUGAGCCUGAGGAUGAAGACGGCAACGAGUACGUUAUAGAGACGGCUGGAAUCAAGCCUGAUCGUGGUCCAACUUCUGGAAGACCGCAGGCACCACCACCUGCAGUAUCCCAAGAGAGCUCGAGCAGACAGGUUGAGAACGUAAGUAUCGCAGAUGGCGAUGUUGGCGCUGUGGCGGAUGACCAAGAUCUUAUCCCCAAGGUCGAAAACGAGUCUGAGGAAGGAGAGGUUGCCGACGACGGAGAGUCAAUUGCUUCGGCCAAGACUGAGGCUGUUCAGCCUGCUACUCCAGAUGAAGAAGAAGAGGAUGCACUGAGUAGUCCAGAGGCCGUCAACUCACGAUUGAGCCGCAUCGAUGAGGAGGAUGAGGUCAUGGAGGACGACGAGUCCGAGGGUGAUGCUGUGUUGAAGCAGCCCAGCAUUGAAUCGAUUCCUCCGCCAUCCGAGCCUCAGAGACAGCCGAAGUCGUCGAGUCAGGCUGUUAACACCGGAAAAAAGAGAGAUCCGGAGUUCAGCAAUUUGCUCAAUGGGGCCUUUGGUUCUAGGCAUCCACUGAACAAAGCCAAAGCACCGCAGGGUGCUGCUACGCCAGAUCAGGAGAGUCCCGAAGCAGACCCAGAGUCGACGGGUCGAAGAGCCACCAAGAGUCGAACCAAGAGCCCAAGUCCCUCGAAGAGACGACGUUCCACCUUCGAGAGUGCGAAAACUCCGAGUGAUGAUGGCAGGGAAGGCUCUGAACCCUCGGGCGUGCACGCCAGUUUCGUCGGCAAACACAUCGCCGCACAGUUGAAUUUGCCAAAACUGCGUUGGACAUCCGAGGAAAUGGCGCCGGACACGACGGCUCGAGUCAAGACCGAGGGUGAGGAGGAAGGUGAGAGAAGUGCGGAUGAGCCAUUGGAGGAGUCUCCGAAGAAGAAGGCGAAGAAGUCAGAGGGGCCGACAGCCAGGGGUCGAGGAGGUCGAGGUGGACGAGGUGGACGGGGAGGGAAAGGAAAAGGUCGGGCAAAGUGA